AUGGACACCAUCAAGGAGAUCGUUCGCGACGCGCCUUUUGGCCAGCUUGUUCGUUACACGACGCGUAACCGGUUCUUCAAGUAUCCAGAAGAGUUACCUGGGUUCGAAAUCCCAUCUGCGUAUAUCGAGAAGGGUACCAGUGUGUCAGCUUCACAGAGCCAGGCUCCCUCCGACAACUCCGCGACUGCGAUUAGACAGCCCAGCCCAGCUCCAGCUACUACAGAGUCCCCUCAUGUCGACCUCGAAAAACUUCCCUCCAGAACCGCAGAAGGAGUGAACGCAUCCGACCGCAACUCAACCUCAACAGCACCCCUCCCGUCGCACACCCUGCCAUUCAGCCCCUCACGCCUCGAAGCCGACUUAGCCCUCCACACCACACGUUCAUCCAACCACGUAAUCGCCCCCGUCAAAACAGCCGACGGCCUCAUACUAGCAGAAUGGUACACCACGACCGACCCUGCGAACCCGCAGAACUGGUCGCAGGGCAAGAAGGCAUGGACGGCGUUCUUGAUCUGUCUGUAUACGUUUAUUGUGUACGCGGGUAGCUCGAUCUAUGUGAGCAGUACGCUGUUGGUCAUGAGUCAGUUCGGUGUUGGGGCCUUUAAGGCGAGUUUAGGGUUGGCGCUUUAUGUGCUAGGAUAUGGCAUUGGACCGUUGUUGUUUGCGCCUUUGAGCGAGGUACCACAACUCGGCAGAAACAUACCGUACAUCACGACUUUCGCGCUCUUCACCAUCCUCACUUUACCUACCGCACUAGUAGACAAUCUCGGUGGCUUCCUGUUCCUUCGCUUCCUACUCGGCUUCUUCGGAAGCCCUUGUCUAGCGAACGGUGGUGCUACAAUGCAAGACUUGUCUCAGUGGGAACUCCUCUGGAUGGCCGCCCCGGUCUUCCUCCUCUUUUUCUUCUUCCUGCCAGAAACGCAGCCUACCACCAUCCUUCUCCAUCGAUCUGCCCGUCUGCGCGCACUGACUGGCAAUCCGAAUAUCCACACGCAAACCGAGAUCGAUCGCAAGGGCACCAAGUUCUCCACAGAACUCCUCGAUACUCUCAUCAAGCCUUUGGAAAUCUGCGUCAAAGACCCUGCUCUCUUCUUCAUCAACGUCUACUCCGCGCUGACAUACGGUAUCUACUACUCCUUCUUCGAGGUCUUUCCUUUGGUGUAUUUGGAGAUAUACGGGUUCAGCGUCGGCGAGAUGACGAUCGUGUUUCUGUCGAUCAUCGUGGGAUGCGUCAUUGCGAUGACUAUCUACUUCUCCUAUCUGAGGUUCUACCUCAUACCGGAUAUCCUCAAGAGAGGAUUGAGGCCGCAAGAGCAUAGACUCGUGCCCGCAAUCUUCGCAAGUUUUGGGGUACCGAUUGGAUUGUUCAUUUUUGCAUAUGUGCCCAUGUCUUACCCCCAGUAUGCUGCGUCCCUCUUCGCAGGCAACGACUUCUGUCGCUCUGCCUUCGCCUUCGGGUCUGUACUCUUCUCCCGCCCCAUGUAUCUCAAAUUGGGCAUAGGAAAGGGAAUUAGUCUCCUGGGCGGCUUGAGUGUCAUGGGUAUUUAG